CGUUGAUGUACCGUCACAGUUCUCCAGUGAAUGGAGCUAAAGGCGGAGAAAGCAGUGUGAGUUGAGCAGAGAGCAGCCAGCGCGCUUUCGCUUCAUCAGCUCCGACUCCAGAAGUUUGACUUUUUCCAGCAGAAAUCCAGCAGGAUGGGGAUCAGAAAGAAAAGUAACAAAAACCCUCCGGUUCUGAGCCACGAGUUCAUCAUCCAGAACCACGCAGACAUAGUCUCCUGUGUGGCCAUGCUGUUCCUGCUGGGGCUCAUGUUUGAGAUCACGUCAAAGAUUGCAGUUUUGUUUAUAACUGUCCAAUACAAUGUCACAGUAACAGCAAGUGAAGGCUCAGAGGAAACGGCUGUAAAUUAUUUCCACCAUGGUCUGAAGGACAUGGCCACCAUCUUCUUCUACAUGCUGGUGGCCAUAAUCAUGCACGCCAUAAUCCAGGAGUACGUUCUUGAUAAAAUCAACAGGAAGAUGCACUUCUCCAAGACCAAACACAGCAAAUUUAAUGAGUCUGGCCAGCUGAGUGCCUUCUACCUGUUCUCGUGCGCGUGGGGUGCCAGCAUUCUGUUCUCCGAAAAUAUCCUGUCCAACCCGGUCAGUUUGUGGGAAGGCUACCCUCACACGCUGAUGCUGUUCCAAAUGAAGUUUUACUACAUCUGUCAGCUCGGCUACUGGCUCCAUGCUCUUCCUGAACUCUACUUCCAGAAGAUCAAGAAAGAGGACAUUCCCCGUCAGCUGGUUUAUAUCAGUUUGUACCUCGUCCACAUUGCAGGGGCUUACAUCCUCAAUCUGAAUCGUCUGGGUCUGGUGCUGCUGGUGCUGCAUUACUUUGUGGAACUUCUCUUCCACCUGUCAAGGAUCAUUUACUUCAGCAAUGAGGAGAGACAGGCGGGGUUUGGUGUGUGGGCUGUGCUCUUCGUGCUGGCUCGUUUGCUGACUCUCUCUCUGUCAGUGCUGACUGUGGGCUUUGGCCUGGCUGGAGCUGAACAGCAAGGACUCAGCCUCAGCGAGGGAAACUUUAACGUGCUCUUCAUCAGGGUGACGGUACUGGCUGCUAUUUGCACCUCUCAGGCCUUUAUGAUGUGGAAAUUCAUCAACUUCCAGCUGCGGCGGUGGAGAGAGCACGCUCAGACCACGGCCAUAAAGAAGAAAUCAUCAUCUGCCAAGGGCAAGUCCAGGAAAGCCAAUGGUGUGAACGGAUCUGUCAGUGCUAACGGAGCCGAUUCUCCACGAGUGAAGAAGGAGAAAUCCACAUAAAUGACCCUCUGCUGUCCAUUUCUGCUUCUCCAGCCCAUUUCCAGAUCAUUCCCCAGCACAGUGCUCCUCAGUGCUGGUCCAGGAGAGCCCCUGCACUGCAGGUUUGACUUUUCCUGCUCUAGCUGAACCUGAUUCAACCUCUGGUCUAAUCUGUGAUCCCUUUAUGAUGCGACACGGCAGGAAAAAGUGGAAAACGUGCAUUGCACAGGCUCCACAAGUCUGGGACAGACCUUGUGCCCUUCUUGCCUAAGUGAAAAAUGUACUGCCCUUUGCUCAGUUUACUAGAUCUCACAAACCUCAUUUAAUAUCUACAGCUGUAAGAAGAGGGCAUGUGGUCUUUUUUUUUUUUUUUUUUUUUUUUUUCUUUUGAAUGGGCUUUGUAUUUCCUCCCAGAUCGAAAGGGGUCCAAGCGCUGCGUGCUUUUGUAUGCUUGAAGCUUCAUCCAACAAUUCCGAACAUGCAUUUCAAACCAUUGUUCAGCUGUGCCAAUACAAGACAAAUAAAAACUGCCUAAAAGUGCCUAACUAUACCAAAACGUUGAUAUUUCUGUGUUUGAGCAGGUAUAAAAUAGGAACAUGGAAAAGAUUCAGGUGCUCUAAUAGGAUUUCAAGGUGCGAGUGCGUGUUCGUUUGUGUAUGUUCUACGUUUGGAGCACCAGCGAAAGUCUUAUUGCCUAAAUUUGUGUAAUUAUUGUUAGAGCUAAUGUAGCCCUCUAGAAAACAUCUAUCAUUAAAGUUAUUUUUACUCUGUUAUAAUUUUGCACUGCAGUGCUCUGCUAGUCUACUGCCAAAACACUUUUGUCCAUACAUAGGAAUUCAUGUUAUAAUUUUAGAGAAAAUAUUUUGCCUUUUUCCUUCCAUGUGGGCAAAUACAUUGUGCUUGUAUUUGGUACAGCUAGCUCAUUUUCUUAAGAAUUUAUUUUGUUCUAAGAAAAACAAUAAACGGUGAUUGAAAUACAAAUCUGAA